AAAAGCUUCAAGACAAUGAGAGUGAGAGCAACUUUGAUUAACUUCAAAUCAAAGCUUUCCAAAUCAUGCAACAGAUUUGUAUCUCUCUUCCGAUUCAGGGUUAAAAGACCUGUCUUCAUUAGACCUCUUCGUUCCCGUAGUACUCAUGGCAAUGUCAAACCUAGACUUCAACGUCGACCCAAGAAGCCAAUCUGUUCUUGUCUAUGUUUUCUCAGCACAAGCAAGAACCAGAAGAUGAGCAACACCAAACCCAGAAGUUCCUCUUUUAGUGUAAACGAUGAUGAUGAUAUGUCAAAGUAUAUGCAGUCGCCUCUUACACCAGCAACAGCCAAGAAGCUGUUCACUUCACCCAUCACAACACCUGCUUACGCUGCACGGACCAGGAAAUCGCUUAACUCAAGAGACACAUUCGAAGACAACGCUGUAGAAGAUGCUUGCAGAAGCUUUGAAAACUAUCUGAUCCACCUGAUCGUUGAAGAAGGGAAACUAGAUGACUUAAUGGACAUAGAGGAGCUUCUCUAUUGUUGGAAGAAUCUUAAGAGUCCUGUCUUCAUUGAACUUGUCUCUAGAUUCUAUGGUGAGCUCUGCAGAGAUCUGUUUUCAGGUGAAUGAACCUAUUUGAUAAAUCAUCGAAACAUCAAAGUUUUUUUCUAUAAAAAUCUUUCUUUGUCAUUGAAUACACACACCAUCGUAAUGUGUGAAGACUAUAUAUGUAUGUUUUCGCGUUUCACAUAACAAAGAAAGUUGUAUU